UACUGAUAAGAUAUUUCGAAAUAGUGGCAUGCGUUUGCUCCGUGAUAGAUAAACCGUUGUUAUAUAAGGUUGCGAUACAGUUGCUUACUCUCUGGGUCUCAGUUUAAAGGAAACGUAAAAAUGUUACGUAUUUUAGUCUGUUUAGUAGCUGUCUUCGGCAGCUCUUGGCAGGUGACCCUGCCACAUGGCCACGAGUUGAAGGUUGCAAUUGAUCAGCAGUUUGCAGCUCUGGAUUUAAACCACAACGGAAUUCUGGAGUUUAGCGAGUUAGCUGCAUUUGGCGCCAAGGAAGAUGCUAACCAUGAUGGACAGGUCAAUCUUCAGGAAUACAUGACAUUUUUGAAUUUGCCACUUGAAAUUGGUCAACCGAUCUUCAACGUGUACGACAAGGACAAAGACGGCUUUAUUAACCAGAGCUUCCUGACCGAGUAUUACCAUUUGCUGGACCAUAACAAUGACAACUCGGUUUCUUUGCACGAAUACGAACAGUAUAUAUCAACGUUUCUGGCUUGUGUGUUCGGAGCAGACCAUGGUGGCCAUGGCCACGGUCCCAACUGUGAUCACUAGAUCGUUUGUUUAUAUGACACCUAUCAGCAUUUAAUAUAAGGGAAGCAAUA